AUGCCGCAGAAGUGCACGCUGGGACCUUACGACCAGCGCAAGAAGGUCAGGCGCUGUGGGAACUGCGCUAGCAGAAAGGUUAAGUGUGUAGGAGGUUUUCCGUGUGAGUUGUGUAUUCGCACGGGGAAGGCUUGCCAAAGACGAAGUAGCAAGCCCUCCGGCGAAAUUUUCGUCCUGUAUGAAAAGAAGGACUGCGUCCCUCUCCCUAAGCCGAUGUCAACGGACACAAAGACGCUUCAUGUGGAUUACUUCGUUGCAUUCCUCCGGCGCAAUCGCUUUGCGCAUUGUACAGAUGCUCUAGUCAAUAAGCUCCUGCCCUUGGUGAAUGAAUCGCAGCUCUUGAGCUCAAUAGCUAGUGCCAUAGGUAUGCUGGAUGCCUCACGCCGCGGCACCUGCGUCUCUUAUGCGAAGGUGGAGUCUCCUCGGUUUCUUGCAUUCAAGUCAUACUCUUGCUCGAUUAAAUCAUUGAGCACCGCUAUUCUAGACCCGACGGUCUCGCUGCGGGACGAUGUACUUUGGGCUACCUUUUUUCUGGGCUUAUUUGAGCUCAUGGUUGACCCAUCCGGAGAUGGCUGGGCAAAACACAUGCUACACGGAACAUCUCGACUGCUGCGGGCCGCAGGCCCGGGUCAGACAGUUUCUGAUUCCCGCAGGGCCUUCCUCGAGGUGUUUCGCAUUUUCGAAGCGAACCGAGCAGUCUUAUACGGAGAAAGCACGAUAUUAUCCUGCCCUGACUGGGCCGCUGUCUUUUCAAUAUACGAACAGCGACAUAUAGAAGACCAGGAGAGCCUCAGUCGAAUUUCCUUGGUCAUGGUUCAAAUAUCUGUUUUCAAUGCUCGAUUUUAUCAGUAUGUUGCGACAGUCACAGACUUCGGCAAUUUUGAUCCCAUCUUGGAGAAUUUCGGACUGGAGGCCACUGCGAUUCACAAUGAAAUUGCGAGCCUACAUGCCCAGACCACCAACACGGGCCUAGUGGGGCUGCCAGGCCUGCAAUACUACCAAACGCUCUUAUACUGCAACACUAUGUCAAUCUUUCUUUUCAACACAUUUGAUUAUUAUCAUUGCUGGCAUCUGGAUCGCCCUCCAUACAUGUCAGCUCAUGAGAUAAGCCGACAUGUCGACCAAAUCUCCCAACUGGCUGAGUUGAUACUUAACACACCUGGUGGAUCUGGUGUAUUGCUUAUUUUCCCUCUUCGAGUCGCUGGGACGCGCGCAGAUACUGAUGUCCAGAGAUCCAAGGUCUUGGCCCUACUGGAUCACAUUGCGCGAUGUGGAUUUAUUGUUGCAAACAGAAUACGGGAUGACCUCCAAGAAUUAUGGGAUUGGAAAGCGAACAUUUUAGAAAUUUGUCCCAGGUAG